AUGAACCGCAAGCAACGGCGGGCCAAGGAGGCGGCGACGACCACGAUCCAAAGCGCGGAUGACAUCCCAAUGGCCAGACCGGAGAGGACCAGUAGGACGGUGACGACACCAGGACACGGCCCAGAUGGUAAAGCAACGACGAAGACACUGCUCGAGAUCGCCGCUGAGCGACAGGCUCAACUGGCGUCGACAACGUCGUCUGGGGCUGGCUUCAAGGACUUCGACUCACGCCCGAUCCAGCCGGAGAAUAUCGUGCAGGUGAGAAUCGGCAAGGGGGGAGAGGUCAUCACAGAGUCAGAGUCGGACUCAUCGUCGUCGCCGUCCGAGUAUCCCUGGCUUGACACGCUGCUGCUUGCGUCGUCCCUUAGCGCCGUGCACUUCACGCUCUCGGUGCUCGCCAUGCACCAGUACGCUGAAGAGGUGCGCUUCCGGCCGCUGAUCACGCAGACCGUCGUCGUCGCGUUCCCCGCGCUCUCCGUCUUCAUCGCUCUAUUUCAUGGGCACCUCCUCCCGGCGUCGCUCACGAAAGUCCCGGCAUCGGUGAAGGACUGGAUUGUUGUUCUGCGCUCCCUGAUCUACGUGGUCACGGCGAACGUGGCGGGGUGUUAUUUAAUACACUUGACAAACGACAAGGGGUACUACGCGGUCAUGAAAGAUGCGCCCGGAGUAGGCACGAUCUGGGUCUGGUCGAUUCUGGAGAUGGGAUUGCUUGGGGCACUGGCCGGCGUGGCAGGGCCAGGAAUUUAUGCUUGGUGGUUUGGGUACGGGAUUUGGUGA